AGCACCCUUGGGCACACUACAGAAGCUCCCUGUGCCCAUGGGGCCUUCUCAGCCUGUCCGUGCCCCUCGGCCCCGGGGCCUAAGUUCCCCCUACCGCAGGCCAGGGCUGGGCUGGCCUCAGCCUCGAAAUCCCAGGAUGUUCAAGUGUAGCCGCAGAAGGUACCGGCAGAAACCCCAAGGCCCAGCUGCCACCAUUGCAGCCACCAAUCCUGCCACCGUGGCCACAGAUAUCAACAACACUCCUACCGCCACCACCAGUGUGUGGAUCCUUCCGCCACAAAUUCUCAGACACCUUUGUCAACCCGGCAGCUUUCUGAUCUUCUAGAAAUGUCCAGAAACUAGUCCAGAAGCUUGGCUGGCUCCGGACCUGCGUCUUCUAGGGGCCAUGAGUGGUUGACAGCAGGCAAAUACAAUCAUUUCUGCUCCAACGGC